AUGCACCUGCUUGGCCCCUCGCUCCUGCUCCUCGGUAAGGAAUACGUGGCUUUCUCUGAUUCAACCCAAUGGACAGUCACUCACCCACCAGUGCUCUACGCCUGGGAGGGGGCCUGCGUCUGGAUCCCCUGCACCUACAAGAUCCCAGGAAAUGGAAUAAAGCUGGAAAAUCUGACUGUGUACCACAACUACGUGUAUAAUACGAGCAUAAAGGACUUCACGGGGACCGUCCUCUAUAAUACCAUGGAGAUCUCUAAGAAAUUACAGACCCAGGAGUUUCCUGCUAGCGACAAGCGAGUCCAGUUCCUGGGUGACAACAGAUCCAACUGCACCCUACGCAUCCACCCUGUGAGUGUCCAUGACAGUGGCCUGCUGGGGCUGAGGAUGAUGGCAAAAGUGGACAAAUGGAUGGAGAAUGUCACUCUCAACAUCUCCAAAAUGGCUCCUCCGCCUUCCAUUGAUCUCCCUUUGGAAAUCCGUGAGUCCCAGACGGCCAUCCUGACCUGCUCGCUGAACACAGCCUGCUUUGGCUACCAGAUAGGACUGCAGUGGUCCCUGGAGGGGUCAGUCAUCAACUCCACAAUUCUGAACCCCACUAGCGUUGUCACCCAGAGCCAGCUGACAUUCCAGCCAGAGUGGACGCAUCACGGCAGGACGGUUACCUGCCAGCUCUGGGAUCACGAGGAGGGCCGGCUGCUGUCGGAGGCAUCUGCAGAGCUGAAUGUGAAGUACAAACCUAAGUUGCACAUCAAGGUCGAUCCCCAAAACGCCGUGGUCACAGAGGGGAUGCAUGUGACCAUGACAUGCCAGAUCAAUAGCAGCAACCCCAACUACGAAACGUUCGUCUGGCUCAAGAAUGGGGAGCCGCUGGAUAAGCAAGAUGGGCUGAAGAAAGAGGAGAGGCUCACCCUCACUCUGUCCAUGGUGACCAAGGACAUGAUCGGGGAGUACCAAUGCCAAGCCCAAAAUGCCUUGGGCAUCGGAAUGUCGGAAAAAGUGAACCUCCAAGUAUACUAUCCCCCCAAGGAGGUGAUGGCAGUGAUUCAGACUUCCUCGUGGAUUCGAGAAGGAGAUGACGUGACUCUGUGGUGCAAGUUCAAUUCCAGCAACCCCGAGGUGACCCGCUAUGAAUGGGAACCCCGAGGCCCCCAGGGGGCUUCCGAGAUGCUGACGAUCCCGAACAUUGCCUGGGACGCCAAGCCGGUGACCUGUGCAGCCUGUAACCAGUGGUGUUCGUGGGCCCCUGUGGUCAACCUGCAUGUUCAGUAUGCCCCCCGAGAUGUCACGGUGCUGCUCAGCUCCAGUUCCAUGGUGCAUUCCGGGCAGCACCUCCUGCUGAGCUGCAACUACUCCAGCAGCCGCCCGGCAGCCGUGCGCAUCCGCUGGAGGAAGGACGGGGUCCUGCUGCAGGAGGGCCAGGCGCUGCACUUCAAUGCCAUCAUGCCGGAAGAUGCCGGAACGUACCACUGCGAGGUCAACAACUCCAUCGGCCAGACCCAGUCUGAGGCGCAGGUGGUCUCUGUGCUGUAUGCGCCCCGGAGGCUGCGCGUGACCUUCAGCCCACAGGGUGGUGUGGUGGAGGGGACGAAGGCCCUGCUCAUUUGUGAGAGCGAUGCCAACCCCCCCAUCAAGUCCUACUCCUGGUUCGACGGGAACAACCAGGAACUGCACCACUACGGGCAGACACUGAGACUGGAUCCAGUGAAGAUCCAGCACACAGGAACCUACUGGUGCCGGGGGUCCAACGGGCUGGGCGUGGGCCAGUCACCCCCCACUCUCCUCACGGUCUACUACAGUUCAGAGACCAUUAUCAGGCGAACGGCCCUGGGGCUAGCAGUGAGCCUGACCAUCCUCUUCCUGAUCAUCUGUGGAGUCAGGCUCCAUCUAAGCCGAAAGAGGAUUCAGAGCCAACAGGACCUGCAGGAAAACUCCAGUGGGCGGAGCUUCUUUGUGAGGAAUAAAAAGGUCAGAGGGCGUCCCCUAGUUGAGGGCCCCCCUUUCCAGGGCUGUUACAAUCCGGUGAUGGAGGAUGCCACCAGCUAUGCCAUCUUGAGUUUUCCUGACACCCCAAGGUGGGUAUGGAAGGGAAACCAAGCGACCUCUGGGGCACAGCGGCCUUCCCCGCACUGGGAUGACACGGUCACCUAUUCGGUGGUGCAGAAGCAGAAGCAGAAGCGUCCAAUGGUGAGAAGCAGGGGCGACUAUGAGAACCUGGCUCCAGAAACUCCGGAAGACGAGGGGAUCCACUACUCAGAGCUGGUUCAGUUUGGGCGCGGGGUGCGCUCUCCAGCCCCUGACCCUGUGGAAUACGUGACACUCAAGAACUGA